CAAACGGGUAAGACGAAAGUGCAUCGACCGUGCUUAGUAAAAGUAGCAGACCACGCAUGCGCAAGAACGUCAAAAUCAUGUUACGGCGAGUAGCUAAAUCGCUUCAUCGCGUCCACUCCGCAGUGAUCACUAAUGCGUGUGCGAAUCGCAGGAGCAAGUUGACAGAUAGUCGUUACCAUGAAGAACUCUAUCCCGGUCACAUCCUUACCUCUCCGAUUCAGAAGGCCUUGCUGGCGGUCGGCUCGGGGGUGGCAGCGCUGCAAGACCCCUACAGGCACGACAUGGUCGCAGUUCUCGGAGAGACGACAGGCCACCUGGCCUUGCUAAACCUCAGGGACCGCAUGAGAAACGACCCCGAGGGAUACACGAUUCUCACGGAAAGGCCCAGGAUCCGUCUGUCAACGCUUGAUUUACAAAAGAUGGCCUCCUUACCCGAGGGAUCGUUUGGUCGGGAAUACCUCAGUUUCCUUGACGACAAUCACGUGACGCCAGACUCGAGGGCCAACGUGAAGUUCGUGGAUGACGAGGAACUGGCCUACGUCAUGCAAAGAUACAGAGAGGUCCACGACCUCCUCCACACCUUGCUGGGAAUGCCCACCAACAUGCUCGGUGAAGUGGCAGUGAAAUGGUUCGAAGCAGCUCAAACCGGGCUCCCCAUGUGCGCCCUUGGAGCUCUGUUGGGACCUCUUCGGCUCAACGCCAGUCGUUUGCAGUCACUGGUCACAUCUUUCGGCCCGUGGGCGGUGCGGAAUGGCCGGCAGGCCCGUUGCGUUCUCUGUGUUUUUUACGAGAGGCGAUGGGAGCAGAGCCUGGACGAUCUGAGAAGAGAACUUAACAUCCAGCCGCCCCCGUACAUGCUCACUUAGCAUUCAGUAACUUGAAACAUUUAAAAAAAAACUUGAUAAGGUGAUAGUGUAUUUUGUAUAUAUAUUUUUUUAUUGAUUUAUGACCAAGGAGGAAAUUAUUCUCCUACUCCACCAUAGCCUUUACAUUGAGCGUGUGGCAAUGCUGCCCUCUUGUGGCUGUUUGCUUUCACUCACAAAAAAAUGCCUGAAGACUUAUUCUUUUCGGGACUGUUUUAAAAGUGUCUUUCUAUUUUAAAAUAAUAAUUUAAACCCGUUUCCAGGUU